AUGCAGGGUCCCUCGAAGAACUUUUGUUCAGUUACUCUGCCAUAUUACGGCCGGCCCUUGGAUGUGUUCUUAGCUGAGUCCCUCGAAGAACUACACCUGAGAAAAUGCAGGGUAAUCCCGGUCAAGAGCGUGUGGUUUAAAAGUUUGCGCACGCUUACCCUCGAACUGGUCCAAGUUGAUGGCGGCACUUUCGAUACGAAAAUGUUGGGCUGCCCUUUGCUCAGGCGGCUCGUCCUUAUUUCUUGUUGUGAGUUGAGAAACGUUAGGCUGAGAUCGCCUGGGCUCAAGCACUUUGAAUUGCGUGAUUACAUCAAGAUGGAAGGGCGUAGCAUCGAAAUCAAUGCCCCGAAUCUAGAGACAGUGUCCAUAAGGGGCUCAUGGAUUUGGUCUCACCGCCAAAGCGCAUUAUUGUUCUCUCGUCUCACGAGUUUGAGUCUCUAUGAUGUGAUCCUGUCGAGAGAGUCAUUUGACCUGUUAUCUUUCGGCUGCCCAACUCUUGCAAGCUUGACCCUAUGUGAUUGCCCCGGUUUCGAGGAAUUCCAUCUUUCAAGUGAUUCGGUCAAGUACUUGACCAUCAGGACAGUCAAAAUAUUGCUUAAAGGAGUUACUAUUUGUGCCCCAAACAUUUUCAGGUUUACGCUCACUGCCUGUAUUCCCCAGGUGCCGGACACAUUCUCUUUCACGACCACAACUUCCAAGGAGUGGGAUUCAAAUGUAUUCCUCUCUUCUUCACGUGACGAUGAUCCCGAUUUCGACGUCAAUUGGUGGUUCCUUGGGCUGAGACGAUUGAUCAAGCCACUAAGUGGGUCUCAGAUUUCUCUUUCUCUGAGGAUGGACGGCGGCCCUCAAGACGUGCCCUGGAGUGCUGUUCUCGGUGAUGAGCCGCCUGUGGUGGUGCGGUACAUGAGUUUUACUACUAGUAAAUGUCGCACGACAUCUUGGUACUUGGAGUUUACGAAUGGCUUGUUUCGUGUUUGUCGACCGAGUUGCGUAUGUGGUGAUAGCCUUGUGAGUGGGUCGGACGGGAAAUACAGGCUCUCGGAGUUUCAGUUAAACAUGUUGCUUGCAAACAAGAACAUCAAGACCGAGCCCUACUUUUGGUGCCAUGAUUUGGAGCAAUUAGUUCAGGUUGAUGGGCAGGUCGUGCAGUGGACAGAUGUGUCGGAAUUGCGAAACAGGACUUAUGACGGGGAAAUGUGGCUUUACUUGAAAUGGAGAGGUCAGACAACGGCAUAA